GCUCGCUCUCUUCUCUCUCUCCUGUAAGUUAGACAGUCGCUCGUUGUCGCCAGCGCCCGCGCUCACCGAGUAGCCGGCAGGCCGAGUGGGAUCACUCAGUGUGGCCUGUGCGCUCCCCCAGACCAAACGCACUGCGACCGCCGCUCUCGCCGAGCCGCUUCCACCCGCACAACAGAGGGCCGCAGCAGCUCGUCGCUGUUUUUCCGACAACCAUGAAGAACAAAAGGAAAAGCAGCAAGUUCCGUCGCAGAAGUUGCGUGUAGAGUGACAGUGCCCGAACACGUUUUUAUUCUUUCCCAGAGCUGCAAUUCCGGGAGUUUUGACACUACUUGGUGCGUGCCAGCCCAAGUUUGAUUUUCCCAAACUGUGAAUUUUCAACGCUGCAUUGGACUGUUUUGCGGUAGAAAACGUCAAGAUGAGGAUAAAAAUGCCGGCUAUGCGCAUUGCGCAAGCUGACGCAGAAAUAGUCCAGGACACCUUAACUUGCGGAGGUUGCCAGAAAUCGUAUCCGCUAUCUGAAAUCUGCAAAUUCAUCGGCCACAAGAGCCAAACGUGCAACAAGGAGAACUACUCAUGCAGCUUCACUGGAACCGACCAGGACGUGAACGAGGACAGCGACGAUGGCGCUCAGGCAGUGAGCGUAAACUCACGCCGGCCGAGCAUCUCCGCGCCGAUUUCGGGCAAAAAGCAGGGCCCGCAGGCUGCUGCAUUAGCGCCCUCCUCCCUGCUAGAUGCCUCCUCGCGGCUCGAAGAACGACUUGGCGUGACAGCGCCGCCACCCUCGCCGCAGCACCCUGGCGCCUCGUCCUCGCACGACGCCCUCCUCUCCGCCUCUGGCAUGGACAGUCGUCCGGCUUCCAGAGCCCACCAGCUGUCCGAGAGGGACUUCAAGCCACAGCACAUCAAACAGGAAUCCGACAUCGAGAGGUCGCGAGCCUCUCGUUCACCUGAUGUUGCCGACGCUGGAUCCAACACGAUUGUUUCUGAGCCCAGCAAUUACGUUUGCUCCACCUGCAAGCAACGUUUCCAGUCGGCCUGGACGUUGAUGAAGCACGUGCAAGAGGGUCAUGGCAUCAAGAUCUACAUCGACCUCGAGGCGAACAGCACCCCUCCACCGAUCACCUCGGCGCCGUCCAUGGCUCCGCUGGCGCCGCCCGUGGUCAGCCGCCUCCACGAACUGCCUCCGCGUUCUUCCAUUCCCCCGAUCCAGCCGCCGCUGCCGUCGGCACUGGACCCUCACAAUCCUUUCAACAUUCUUCGCAUGAGCGGCGAUCGCAACUUCAGCAACAGCUCGCUGGCCGCCGCGGCCGCCGCCGCGCUCAACCCGUUUGCGAGACCUCCUCCUUCUAGUCACGACUUUCGCAUGGAGCAACUAGUCUCGGAACAGUUCCGUCUCAACUCCCACGGCCUCAACCUGGCCGCCGCCCUCGAGCAGGCCAGGCCACCGCACUUCGCGACGGACCCGUUCGAAAGACCGCCGAGCACCAGAAGCACAUCCUCAUCGGGCGCACCCUCCUCCGCCCCGGUGCCGCCCCCACCGCCGCCCACGGCGACGGCCACCGCUCUCGGAGCACUCAAUCUCGAGCCGCAGCUGGAUUUUUACUCGCAGCGGCUGCGUCAGUUGGCAGGUACUACCAGCCCUGGCGGAGGAUCCAGCCCGUCGAGCCGAAAACCGAUCCUCACUCCCCCUUUUACAAGCCCAAAUAACAACUCGGCGCCGCGGUCGUCUCAACAGGAGACGACGCCGCCGACCGCCGGCUCGUCGGCCUCUCACAAGGCCGGCCAGCCGUCGACGUCGGGCUCCUCUUCGUCCCUUCUAUCUCAGUCCCUCAACAACUCGUCGUCGUCGGGAAACGGGAGUGUGGGGCGGGCGUCUCUGAGUCCUCCACAGAUGCGGCCGCCCUCGCAACCCUUGAGCUCCUUACGGCCUACCUCCGAGCCACACGAGUCGGACUUGACACCCUUGCCCAGUACUCCGCGGGCCCAGUCAACCCCGCCAGACCCCAGCAAGGUGGCAGGCGCGGCCGCGGCCGAGGUGGCCACCGACCUCACUUCUUUCCCCCACAAUAAUAUCAAAUCGUGCGAGUUCUGCGGCAAGCGAUUCAAGUCCACCUCCAGCCUGGAGGUCCACCGUAGCUUGCACACCGGUGAGAAGCCCUACCGCUGCCACAUUUGCAGCCACACGUGCUCGCAGGCCAGCAAGCUGAAGAGGCACAUGAAAAUCCACCGCAUGACCAAGAAGAACGGCGGUGCCCAUAACGGCAGCACCACUUCCACGCCUGAAUCGGGUGAGACCGACUCGUUAGGCGGAUCCAUCGAAACCUUGGACUCGGACGAAGACAAGACCGACGACGAGGAUGAGUUGGAGGAGAUGGACCUCGAGGAGGAGGAGGAUGAGGAUGAAGGAGAAGGAUCAGACGAAGAUGUGGUGGGCGACGCUCCCGAGGACCUAACGACAAAGUCCUCGUCGAGCGCCACUUCCACACCAACACAGAACACGAACAAGGGCGAGCACGAUCGCAUCAAGCUAACGCACCCCUCUCUGCCUGCAGCCAGUUCGCUGGUCAGCGAGCUGAUGAGCAAGUACGGCCUGACCGACAUCCAGCAGUACAACGAGGCUUACAAACAGGCUCUGCAAGAGUCCAGCAGUCGUAUGUUAAGCAACGACGACAAGCCGCUUCACGGCAACAACAACGAGCGUAUCAGAGACAACAACAACAUCCCUCACAGCCUGAUGAAGAAGCGGCACGAGAACGGACUGGAAAAGCUCCACGAAGAUAUGCGAAAGGUUCGAAUCCUCCAGCCACCGAUGGACAUGUUCAACCCUUUCGACUUGCCGUUCGACGCGACCAAGCGCCUCAAGCUGGACCUGGAAAACCACCCACGCAACGAGCGAGAUAUCUACGCCGGCCUCUCGUGGCUGCCCACGAUGGCCCCGACGCCGCGUGACCUCUUUGGAGUGGACCACCCCAACUUCGACCUCCUGGGUGGACGCAAGUCAUCGCACGACAAGUCGUCACGAGACAUGUCCAAGGCCGGCCCGUCGGCGAUGACCGCGGCCGCCGUGGCCGCCGGCCUCAACCUCGGAUUGGGCUCCGGCGUGGGCGGGGUGCCCGGCCGCAAGGAGAGCCGUCGCAACGACACGUGCGAGUACUGCGGCAAAGUGUUCAAAAACUGUAGCAAUCUUACGGUGCACCGGCGGUCGCACACUGGCGAGAAACCAUACAAAUGCGAGCUGUGCAGCUACGCCUGCGCGCAGUCCAGCAAGCUGACGAGGCACAUGAAGACGCACGGCAGGCUCGGCAAAGACGUAUACCGGUGCCGCUUCUGCGAGAUGCCCUUCUCGGUGCCGUCCACCCUGGAGAAGCACAUGCGCAAGUGCGUGGUGAACCAGAACAACAAGGCGGCCGCGGCGGCCAACGCGAGCGGCCUGAUGGCCUCGAUGAUUGCGGCCGGCGACGACACUGGCGACUCGAGCGCAUCCGCCUCCAAGGACACCACAUGACUCUUCCCGUGGGGAGGCUUCCGCCAUCCGCCCCCGCCACCUCCGCCGCAGAGCAUUUACUGACGGUCGGCCCCCGCCGUCUUCCCGCCGCCCCUCCUGCAGCCCCCCAUGUAUCUACCUCCGCUGCCCGUGCCCCUCCCUUGGCGGAAUCCGCGUCACCCGAGUCAAUUCUUCCCGCCGGCCUCAGCCCGACCGGGUUGACCGGCCUGGACACUUUUCAAAAAGUGCAACAAAUGAAAAGUUGGUGGACGCACGCAGACACUUGUGAAUUGUUUGUUUGUUUUCAACGCGACUACAAAAAUAAAUCGAAAGACUCACAAAUUUUGAGCAUCUCAACUUCGAGGAAACCUGUAAUCACAAAAAUGUUCACAUAUUCACAAUUUGUAUUAUAUUUUAAAUUAUUAUCAUUCACAUCUUUUUCCAGACUUAAAACUCUUUGAUUACUUUUCUGUGUAGGACGUAGAAUUUGUUUUUAUCAAUUAGUAUUAUAAUUUAUAUUAGAGAAAGACCAAAGGUAUUUUAAAAAACGAAUUGGUUCCUAUUUGAUGAGAAUCUGCUGUCUUUUUGUUUGUGUUCAUCUUUUGCCUGUCCACAAAGCUCCAGCAUACACAUUUCUCUCCUCUUUUAAAAAUCCACGCAAGCCGCGUUUUAGUUUAUGAAUCUGCUUUUGAUACCAUAUAUUUGAAUUCUCUCUCACUCACAACGCACAUUCCUUUUAAUUGCUUUUUUGUGACGAAAAAGCACCACGACGCAUCAAGUGAAAAUUUCGUUCAAAAUACACCGUCAAAUACAUAAUUCCUUUUCGGAAGACUGUUCUUUAUACGAUGAUUUAUUUUUCCGUGUGUACGAAUUUUCAAACGAAAUACCCGCAUGAGGAACGUAACUUUAAUGUUCCGUCAGCAUUUGAAUUCCUACAAUGAAUGGCUCAAAAUACUUUUUCUCGACGUUUACAGUAUCGACAUUGUGUAAAUAAUACAGACAAGAAUUUCUGCGUAAGAGUACGUGUUGAAUUAUUAUUAUAAUUGCAAACUUCUUCCUUCAAUUCCUGCGUUUAAGAUGGUCGCACCCACCACUUCUCAAAAAUAAUUGAUAUGUAUCGUGUGAUUGAAAUUUAUUAAAUCUUCCCUUGACCUAAGUAAGUGGAUCGUUAUCAGAAUCCAAAGUUAAUUUGAUUUCCUAAUUUAUAGUUCUGACUUAAAAGUCGAAGGCACGCGAUUUUACCAAAAAGUAUUAGUUUCUUACUUACACUUGUUUCGACAAGAAUCGACUACAGUAUAUUUCCUAUAAAGCGAGAGUGAUUGUGCGUGGCGAAGUAAAUGUUAUUUAAUAAUUAAUUAAAGACGCGAUGUACACACGGCAUUUUCUCGUUGUAAUGUAAAUCAUAGGGACACGUCAUUCUCUACCACAUAGUUUGUAAUUUGCUCCCCCGCCCGCCCACCCCUCUUAAACGCACACACGACAUACACUCCCUGAUAGCUGAUAAAUAAUUAUUUUUCCAAACAAAUAUACCUUCUCGGGCGCCAGACCGCGGUGCAAACUCCACAUCCAAUCACACAGAUCUUUAUAAAAAGUGUUAAUUGUAAUCGCGAUUACUGAUGGAAGAAUCGGAAAAUCACUAGCAGCAUAGCUAUUUGUAUUUCUUACAGGGUAAAAUAGCGAGAAAAGAGCGAACGGAAUUAUCUCCCCGCGGAAAUAAUGUUUAUAUCACCCCCGGAAAAAUGUAUAAAUGAAAAGAAGUCAUCAAACUGAUUAAUUAUAAUUAAACAUGCGGUUACUUAGUGUGUACCAGACGCCUCUGCGCCCUCGGUCCCGUUGGAGGAACCUUUUGUACUUACCGGGGGCGUCGACUGCAUCGCCAACUCUCAGAUUUUUGUCAUCAAAUAACGUUAAGACGCGCCGUUUGAUAUUCGAACGGCCCUGAAUGUGAGACUAUGUAAGCUUAAAAAGAGGAAGAAAUAAUCACACAAUUGGUGAACAAAAAUAUAGCCGACCCACUGAUUGUUUCGUGUGACUGUAUCUCAUCGUCAUGCCAAUAGCGCAGCAAAAACUUCUCAUUCAUUUUGUCUCUCCGAUGUGGAAUAAAAUGUUUUCGACGUUGAAACCAAACUCUUCUGUUGUCACACACACUCACAAAAAGAAAGAUUUAAAAUGCCGCUGUUUGACGGACGAUGUGUAUUGUACAUGUAAUGUACUUCCGAGAGAAACGGAGACAUCAUCUCUAAAUUGUAUGAAAAGUAUAAUAGGCAUUUAAGUAAGUGGUAGCUGAUUAAAUCAAGAAUGACGACGAUUAAUAUGUGUAAUUAUAAUGAUUGUCAAAAACCAGUUUGUUUUUAUUAAAGGCUUCUUUAAUAGAGAAGAUGAAAAAAGUA